UACAUGGCUGUAUCAGACAUCUUAGAGUGAAAACAUCCCGGGGUCUCUGUUUGCAACCAGCGAAAGGGUCUUUGCCUAUGCGGACUUCGAACUGCGAGGCGCCGUCGUCGGAUCAGCCUGGCCGCUGCGUUCCCGAGACGUCGUGCCCGGAGGCGCGACGCGAGCGAUCCAACACGUGCGAGCUCCCGGACCACGUGUGCUGCCGCCGGGAGUCGAGACCGCAGCGCUCCGCUGCCGACAAGGACCGCAUGUUGGCCGUGCUCCAGGAGAACAGGCUACUAUGCGGCCGGAAUCCCCCCAGCAAGGGCGACAAGAAACGGUUCCCAGUGCAUUAUGUGCUUGGAGGAAGAAGCGUGCGCAGUCACGGAGAGUACCCGUUCGUGGUGGCAGUGUUCCGCGACAAGAUCAAGGUGGAUAACUUCUGGUGCGGCGGGGUCCUGAUCACGAAGCAGGUGGUUCUGUCGGCUGCACACUGCUUCUACAAAGCGAAUGACACGGAGUUCUUCGUGCGCUUGGGCAGCCUGGAGAUAUCGAAGAGCCGCGUGCGCGGCGCCAUGACGCAGACGGUGGAGCGCAAGGUCAAGCUCGUCCACUUACACCCGGCCUACAACGGCAAGCAGCAGAACAGCGACGUGGCGCUGCUGCUUCUGCACAAGGACGCGGGCGUGAGCGAGUCCCAGAUGCCGGCCGCCUGCCUCCCCGACGAGGACGAGUCGCUCGACGCCCACCAGGGGGUCAUCCUGGGCUGGGGACACAACGGGUUCGGAGGGAAACUGCAGACAAACCUUCAGGAAGCUGACGUGCCCCUUGUGAGCAACGAGCAAUGCGACAAGCUCUACAAGACUCUCGGAACUUACAAGACUGUCUUUCAUCACGGCGUCGACCAGGACUUCCUCUGCGCAGGAAACAUCACCGAAGGCGGAGUCGACGCCUGUCAGCACGACUCCGGUGGGCCGCUGGCAGUACGAGUGAAACGAGACGGCAAGGACGUGUGGGAGGUGGUGGGGGUCGUGUCCUUUGGCGUCCAGUGCGGCCUGCCAGGAUACCCAGGCGUAUACACUCGCGUGGCUACCUUCGUGCCCUGGAUCCUGCAGUCUGCUGCAAAGAUUGCCAAGAUCAAAGGAAAGCCCGCUGCGGCCAUACGGCAGCGCCCCAAACCUUAGUCUAACCUGUCUUACGUUGAACAGCACGCGAUGCCUACAAUCUGACCGUAACGCCAUAACUGGUAGUGUUACUGUGGUUGUUGCACAGCAGACUUCUUGCCAAACACGGCUCACACUGGAAUGGCUGGUUGUGAUUACACUUGUCAAGUGUUCAAAUUUUUGCACGAACAUGCACCUCGUGUGCAUGCAUACAACCCGUCAUGUACACAAACCUGCUUGCCUUAUUCCUGCACUUUUUUCAAGGCGACUGGGCUCUGCAACCCCCAGGGUAGGGUAGAAUACCUGCAACCUAGGCAACCCUCCCAGCCUUUAUCUCUCCCUUCAAUCUUUCAUACAGUUCGUGGGCACACAUGAACGCAAAUGACCGGACGCUUCCCGGACGCAUAAAAGUUAGCCCGCGUGUACACGGAAACCAAAUCGGUAAACAACAAUCCAGCGUUUUUCACUACAACGUCCGUCAUAGCCCAGGAGCGAUUUUGGAACACAAGACCCGUGUUACAAAGGAAUGCCACCAUUCCUUUGAUACUUCUAACGGAUUGUUUUUAAUCACCCAUGCCAUACAGAACAAUUAUACCUAUUCACGUGGAUUACCUGAAGAGGGGGCACAAAUCGCAAUGUUUACAUUGCCAGCUAAAUAAGUAGUACUAAUAUAUUUUUAAAAAUGUAUGAUUCAAUCGCAGAAAAUUAAGCCAGAUAACAACGGAGUCAUGUCCAGUUAACCGAAAUCCCGAACCUAGCCUGUUUAUAGUGAUACCUGUUAACAAAAUAUAACAAAAAUACACCGGCAUUUCGAUUAUAGCUUGUUUUUUGCACUGUGCAAUUAAAAACUAUUUCCUGGAAAGUAAAUUUGUGUAUUUUGUGGCACAUUUUGAGGAUAGUUAUAUUGAAACUGGACAACCUCCUGAUUUCUGCUAAUACAAGACUUAAUUAUUAUCCAGCUUCAUUUUCACAACUGCAACACAUGCCCAAACAAAUAAUUUAAAAGUUAGUUACUCAUACUUCUGUGAUUUUUUUGUGAGGGUAAUGUCUGUCUCUAUGAUACCUGAAAAGGCCAAAUUUGGCUCCCUUCAAUAUUUCUGAUGACACCACUUCCUAAUAUUAGGAAGCAUGUAAAGUGACAGAGUAUGAAUAUGUCUGUACUUCCAAGAGUGAUUUGUACACAGCAGAAAAAACUGUCAGAAAAGGUUCAAAUGGCCAUGUGAAUCCGACGUAUGCAUGCAAGGAGUGCCAUCAAAUGCAGUUUUAGCUGUGCUUUAUGAACUAUACUUAAAUAUGAAAUUCUACCACCCUUUUAUAUUGAACAUUACUGAAGCAUCAACUUUAGCUCUGUAUUUCCCAACAAUUCUAAAUUUCAAGAUAUGCAAGUCAUUGGGAGAACUCUUCUGUACUCCAAUUCCUGCUUAUCGCAUUAAUAACCACUGUUGAUACAACAGCAUGAAUAUGCCAGUAAAUAUAAAUCUCAAAUUAAUUAUGGAAUUGUUCUGAUACACCAUUCUUAGCUUCCUAAAGACCUGCUGGCAGGACUUUUGAAAAAAGGUACUGCACACACUUACAUUUUCAGUGCCGUUGUAUGUACACAGCAAAUAAAUAAUUGGGCUGUUUUCUGCAAUGGCACUUAUAAUUUUAAAAAUAUGCUUUAGAGAGAUUAAGAAGAAAUAAAUUUGCACAUCUAAGCAAGCUCAGGGAUUUACUCUUGUAUAGCAAUAAACAUAUUUUUGCAACACAUUUGUCUUGUAUAUUUUAUUUUUGUAUACAACAUACAAAAUAAUGCCAUUUAUAAAAUAUACAGUGGAACCAUAAUGGCACUAGGAACAAAUGGGAAGCACAGGAAAAUACACACGAUGGAUUUCUUUGCAUUUAGUAGACAUCACUAUACCACAAACAAAAAAUUAUGCGGUCAAGUGAUUUGCUGCCUUAUCAUGAGCAUUGCAGAUCAUAUCUAAACAUUAAGUGGGCGGCAAGCAUACUGUCUUGGACAAGUGAAACAUGAAUAUGUGAAUAGCGAAACACACGUGCAUUAACAAUGCUUACAGUGAUUGACAUUCAAGUAGUACAGAAAGAUCCAGGAACCAGAACAUUUCACUGCUCACAUGAAAUGUGCAUGCAGAUGUCUUUUACCACUACAGUAGAAUGUCAGUAAACAGAAAUCGCUUAAAUGGAGUUGCUGAUUGGGUGGAACAAUAGGUUCUCCAGUUGGUUGGUUUUGUAUUUGAACGAUGCAAAAGAACCUGCCUUAAUUGGAACCAAAAUAUUCGCAAGUCUCCAUAAACAGAACUACAAAAUCAACCUCUAAUAGCA